AUGGAGCUGAACUCCCUGCUGAUCCUGCUGGAGGCGGCCGAGUACCUGGAGCGCAGGGACCGAGAGGCCGAGCACGGCUACGCCUCGGCGCUGCCCUUCGACGGCGACUUCGCCAGGAAGAAAACAAAGGCAGCCGGCCUGGUGCGCAAGGCUCCGAACAACAGGUCUUCACACAAUGAACUAGAAAAGCACAGACGAGCCAAGCUCAGGCUCUACCUGGAGCAGCUGAAGCAGCUGGUGCCCCUGGGCCCCGACAGCACCCGCCACACCACGCUGAGCCUCCUGAAGCGCGCCAAGACGCACAUCAAGAAACUGGAGGAGCAGGACCGCAGGGCGCUGAGCAUCAAGGAGCAGCUGCAGCGAGAGCACCGCUUCCUGAAGCGGCGCCUGGAGCAGCUGUCGGUGCAGAGCCUGGAGCGCGUGCGCACGGACAGCACGGGCUCCGCCGUCUCCACGGACGACUCGGAGCAAGAGGUGGACGUGGAGGGCAUGGAGUUCGGCCCCGGCGAGCUGGACAGCGUGGGCAGCGGGAGCGACGUGGACGACCACUACAGCCUGCAGAGCGACGGCGGCUACGGGCCUCCCCGGCGCCGGCGGCCGGCCCGCCCUCGCCUCUCGUAG